CCUUCCCCUGGAAGUUGCACUAAUGAAAAAGGUCUCCAAGCCGCUUCCUUGUGACAAUGUGCUGGAGUUGAUUGAAUGGUUCGAGAUGUCCGAUUGCUACAUCUUGGUCCUGGAGCGACCCAGCCCAUGCAUGGACCUCCAGCAGUUCCUUAAACAUCACGACGGCAGAUUGUCAGAAGCACUGGCUCAGAAAAUCAUGAGCCAGGUGGUUAAAGCCGCUCGCCACUGCUGUCAAGCCGGUGUUUUCCAUGGUGACAUCAAGGCGGAGAACCUUCUCAUCAACCCUGACACGCUGGAUGUGAAGUUAAUCGACUUUGGCUGUGGAGCUCUGCUCUCUGACACGCCCUACACAGAAUAUGAAGGAACUUGGAGUAUCUCUCCACCUGAGUGGGUGUGCGAUGGAGAGUAUUUCGGAUAUCCUGCCACCAUUUGGAGUCUGGGAGUUCUCCUUUUUUACCUGGUCUGCGGACACAUGCCCUUCCAUAAUGAGGACGACAUCUUUUACAGGAAGAUGUACUUCGCUCCCGGCGUGUCUGAAGUGUGGUGCGCACCAUGA